CAAACAGAAACAGAGAGAGAGAGAGAGAUAAAGUCAUCACUGCUCACUUUCCUCACUUUCCUCACUUUCCCCAUCCACACACCCACCCUCUUCAUCUUCAUCUUCAGCAUGAAUAAUUCCAACAAACAAGAAGAGGAAGACGAGGUUUUCCUCCCGCACCCCCCCGAUCUAUCCCCUCACAACCCCCCUCUCCCCAGCAACACCACCUCCUCCUCCUUCUCUCUCCUCUUCCCCUCCUCCCCCUCCUCCUCCCACUCUUCCCCUUCCACACCCCCAAAUUCCAAUUCCAACCCCCUCUUCAUCUCCCCCGACCCCCACAUCUCCUCCCAGUUCUACACCUUCACCCCUUCCUCCCACGCCCUUAUGCUCCGCUCCCUCCUCCUCCGCCGCCUCCCCUCCCCCUCCGACAUCCGCUCCGCCACCCCCUCCUCCGUCCUCUCCUCCUGGCGCACCGUCUGGAAGGACCGCAAUGAGGACACCGCCUACCUCACCGCCUGGAAACGCAUCCAGGACAAGCUCACUACGCACCACGACGUUUCCACCAACACCCACUUCCUCUGCUUCAAAAACAACCCUCACCAGUUCGUCCCUCACCUCAACCAGUGGCAGCACAUCGUCAUGUCCCACCACGCCGACACCGACCUCAGCCACCUCAACCUCAAGGACACCCUCGACCGCAUCAAGCACCACUGGACCGUCGGGGCCAAAUUCUACGGCAUCCCUGAGAGCUUCAUCCGAGUCUGCGUCGCCGCCUGCCCCGUCUGCUCCUCCUCCGCCACUGAGGGCUCCGGAGAGCCCUCCGCCGCCAUUUCGCGUGGCAAGCGGCGACGGUUCGAGUACACCGAGAGCUUCGAGGUGCCGGCCGGGGAAGUCCCUGACCGGCUCCAGCAGCUCGCCGCAAAGCACAAGGUUGUGCUUUGCAUUAGGCAGAAGUAUAUUAGGUAUAAGCCUUUUAUGGCUGAGGUUAAGGACUAUGCUUGCCAUAGGGCUGGAGAGCCUGCUGCUAAGAAAUCUAAGGUUUUGAAGAGGGAGCCUUAUGCUUCUAAAAGAUGUGGAUGUGGGUUUAGGAUUAGGGCUAUUGUGCCGAUUGCGAAUUACAAUGAGAAGGAUAAGAGUUUUGUGUACCAGGAGGAAGGGGUGGCGGUUUUUAAGUUAUAUGCUGUGCAUUCAGGGCAUGAGCCAGGGCCGUUGGACGGGAAUGCGAGGAUUAUGCAUAGGGUUGUAGGGCAUAAGGGUGGUGGGUUUUUGAUGGUUCAGGAGAGUAAUGUGUAUGGGGUGAGUGAGGAGAUGGAUGGUGAGGGUGGGUUUGGGGGGUUGUUGGGGAAGGAGGAUGGUGGUGGUGGUGGGGAUUUGCAGUUUUCGGUGAUGCAGCAGGUGCAGGAGUUGAGGACUGAGGUGGGGAUGUUGGAAGGGAAGGUUGGGAAGAUGCCAAGGGAGAUCUUAGCGGCUGUCUCCAAGGAGUUGUUCGAGGUUUUGAAUAAGGUUAGGAGUAUAGGGGAAGUGGGGUUGAAGCCGGGGGCGAUUGAGUUGAUUACUGAUAAGGUGGUGGAGGAUGAUGUGUUGGUUGGGGACAAUGAUUUGGCUAACUGGAGUAAUCAUCACGAGAGGAUUUAUGGGGAUGGCAAGGACACGGAGCUGAUUGAGGAUGAUGAGGAUAGUUUUGGCCGGACUCUGGGAGAGGUUGUUUCGUGGGGUGAUCAGAUGACGACAGAGUGCAGGACUCAGAAAGAUGAUCUGAUGAGUGACACCUGUAAGCCUGAGAAGUGGUUGAAGUGCAGCGACUUUGAUGAGAAAAGCAUUCUUGAUUGCGAGGAUAUUAAACUAACCAAGCCUGUCAGAUUGAUCAGACACGACGAGGGUAUAGUGUCGGAUGUAGUAGGUCUUGGCUGUAUGCAGGUCGACAGUUUCUACCAGGACAACCCUAAAUGGUAUGAUUCUCCUUGUGCUUUGGAUACUGGUACUGAUUGUGGAGAUAGUGGAUUCCGUCACGGAGAGAUUUUAUAGUGCCAUCUAUGAACAUUCAAGUUAAUCUACUCUAACUUAGAGAUCAAAAUCCGUCAAGGCUAUUUACCAACCCCUUCCAACCAAUAGAAGAGGGAUUGUACAUUUCUGUAUACAGAAGAUUGGAGCCGCUCACAUGAUGCCUUUUAGGUGUAUUUAUUAUUAUUGCCUGUGGUUCUGUAAAGUAUAACCAGUAUGCUUCUUGCACAUAACUUUGUUAUGAGUUUGACUAUAUCUGAUAACCUUGUUCAUGGCCUUCGGCUUUCUUGGUCCGUAUAAUGCACAUGAGCACAUCAGUGUUUCCAGUAAUCUGCUUUUGAACUUUUAAGAGAUUUUUGUAUGUAUUAUGAGGAGCUACUACUGGUGAUUUAUUUCCAUAUUGAACUAUUGUGUGUUUGAAAUUUUCUCAUAAUGACCUGUGUGUGCUGUACUCCCUGGCCAUUUGCUUUACAUAUUUACUCAUUUCUUAUAUGCCAAAGAUCAUUUGGCUUCUCACUUCUGGUUCAAUUUGAAGAUUAUCAACUUUUAUGCCAUUGGGGUGAGACAACCCAAUCUAUCAUCAGUAGCACAGCCCAAUUGUUUAUUUCAUCUUGGCCCCGCAUGUCCUGGCAAUCUCUUUUGAACUGAAUUGAAGAGUGAUGGUUUUUGAUGCCAUAAGCCCAUAACACAUCCCUUAAGUUCCCUUUGGUUCUGAGGGAGACUGAUCUGGAGGGAGAUGCCGGACGCUGCAAGGACCAGAAUCAUGGUAUGUCCUUAAAUUAGGCAUGCUUCCACAUUCCGUUAUCAGGCUUGCAGUUUUGAGAUGAAAGCACACCAUAGAAUCUAUGCCUUGUUUUUCGUUGUGUUUACUAUGCUAGAUAUGAUCCAUUUUGAAGUCCUGAAUCUCUAUGAUGGUACAUUCUCUUGCAUACUUUUAAUCUUUAUGAAAUUGAUCAUAUUCUUUUGUGGCUUUAACUCUCCUUUUGAUUCUUCAGUCUUUAUAAUAGUAAUUAUGCUUUAAGAUUUCAUUGGUUGAGUCAAGAAUAAUUUUUUUUUUAUUUGAUUUGAUCUGACAAUAUUAUGCCAAGUUGUGCUCUGGAAUAUUCUGUAACUUUCAACUGUUAGAACAUAACAUCAUAUGUUGUCUAAUGUCUCGCAACAAUAGACUUUAUAGCUUUGAGGUGUUAGUAUAAUUUUUACACAUAUAGGAAACAGGUUUUGAAAUUUUAGAUAAGUAUAGAAGUAUAUAUUGUUUUUAUACAUAUUUUUUAAUAUUUAUGAAAUUUGAUCAUAUUCUUCAUUUGUGAUGUUAACUUUCCUUUUGGUUCUUUGCAAUAUCUAUAAUAGUAAAUAUGAUCUAAGAUUUCAUAACAUUGAGUCAAUAAUUAAAGAAUUUUGAUGUGAUUUGACUCUAGUAUGCCAAGUUAUGCUCUGGAAGACUCCUUCUUGCGACCUAAAAGUGAAAGUGAGAAGUAGAAAACUCUUUCUUGAUGGAGCCCCUCCUAAGCUAUCACAAGUUUUUCUGAAAAUAAUUUCUCAUUGAUAAUAUUUCAAUCAGGUCUGCCCUUUAAAGAAGGCUUACAAAGAGAUCCCUAAUUAAUAUAAUGACAACUAGCAAUCAUCCUAAUAUAAAAUAAUAAUAGAUCCGAAACCAGGGAUUCUAAUAUUUAUAUCUUAUGAAGAUAGGGAAAUAUAAAGAAACAAAAUAAACUAAAAUAAUUCAAGACUUAAAUAAAGAGAUAUAAUAAUCCUAAUUAGUGGUUCACAUCACCUAGUUAUGUGAGCAGUGCCUUUCUCUUAUUAGUCUCGUGCAUAUGAUCAGAUGUGACAUUGGUACUAUUUCUUAUAGGAGAAUGAAAGAGUUAUUUACUAAUGUCUUAAAUAAACCAUUCUUAUGUUAACGUGUUAUAAUGAUGCAAAUAAUUCUAUGUUCGUAAUGGUGCAAAUAAUAUCUUUAUACAGUAUUUAAUGGUGCAAAUACAAAUGAUUCACAGUUCUAGAAAGAAGUCUUCUAGUCAUUUUGACAUAGUUUAUCUCUUUCUAGUGAUUGACUUAUUCUGAAUAUCAUUGAAUUUUAGUUGUUAAAUCAUUGUUGAUAUUUAUGAACUUGGUCUCUAAUAUUCUCAUAAAUAGAACCGCAGAAGAUGGCUAUUUUGCAUUUCUAUGGGCUCAGCUCAGUGCUUAAGCCAUGAAGACUCGAUCUUUGAUGAAGUUCGAGAAAACUGAGACUAUGUUGGUAGAUAAUUCUUGGUUUUGUUUGGUAAUUAAUCUGUCUUUCUGUUUACAAGCCUUUGCCUUUUUGUCAUUGUUGCCUGAUAAGUGAGUGCUUUGUGGGGAAAAACACUUAUGGCAGCGGUUUAGAAAUGAAUUGUUCCCAGGACAUUGUGUCAAGCUGAGUUUUCUUUUUUACUUGGACGUAGUAACACUAAUUCUUUAGGCUAUGUUUGUGUAUGUGAUGCAUUCAGUUGGCACACAUUCUAAGGCAGCUAAGGCAGCAUUUUGUGAGAAGCAAGGAUUUCUAGCUUUGCUUUUAACGUCCCUUCGAGGGGGGUCCAAAACGAAAAACAAACACACACUUAGAAGUUUGUGAUGAAUUGAGUUUAAGAAAACAGCAGAGAUGAUCAGAAAGUUGCAUGGAACUUUGAGUGCUGUUGCUUCAGCAAUUCCUGAAAUAUUUCGGCAGUGGGUGGGUGGAGUAUUUAAAAUUAUCUUCUUGUGGAUUAUUAAAUAAAAUGUGAUUCAUUUUGGCUUCUUGUUUCA